AUGGUAGCAGAUUUGGAGGACGUAAGCGUUUAUCUUGACGACAUCAUUUUGGCAAGCAAUUCUCUGGAAGAACAUCUUCAGCAGCUGGAACGGUUACUGGCUCGCAUCGAAGAAUACGGAUUUCACCUCAAAAUCGAAAAAAGCAACUUCUUCAUGCAGCAGAUUCAGUACCUCGGAUUGAUUGUAGAUGACCAAGGAAUUCGUCCAGAUCCAGAAAAGAUCAAGGCCAUCGUCAAUAUGCCAGCCCCGCACGAUGUACCAAGUCUACGUUCGUUUCUGGGAGCAGUAAAUUAUUACGGCAAGUUUGUACGAGCAAUACACGAUCUUCGUCAACCAAUGGAUGCUUUGUUGAAAAAGGACGUCAAAUGGAACUGGAGCCCAGCUUGUCAGAACGCUUUCGAAGAGUUCAAGAGGAUUCUACAAUCAGACCUCCUACUGACGCAUUACAACUCAAACUUGGAGAUGAUAGUAGCAGCCGACGCAUCGCAACAUGGUAUAGGAGCAGUCCUGCUUCACCGAUUUCCAGAUGGUUCUGUCAAGGCUGUAUGUCACGCUUCCCGUACAUUGACUGACGCUGAAAGGAAUUACGCUCAAGGAGAAAAGGAAGGAUUAGCACUGAUAUUUGCCUGCACCAAGUUUCAUCGAAUGGUAUUUGGAAGACAUUUCAUUCUGCAAACGGACCACAAACCACUUUUUGGGAUAUUCGGAUCGAAGAAAGGCAUACCAGUGCAUACUGCCAACAGACUACAGCGUUGGGCACUGACACUGCUGCAGUAUGAUUUCAAGAUCGAAUUCCAGAAGACUGAAAGUUUUGGAUACGCUGAUUUGCUCUCUCGCUUGAUUGGACAACAUUCCAAGCCCGAUGAAGAUUAUGUGAUUGCCAGUUUGCAAAUGGAAGCAGAUAUUCGCAGUAUUCAAACUGAAGUCGUAUCCGUUCUACCAAUCACUAGUCAAUUGAUCUUGCAAGAAUCAAAAAAGGAUGUCACGUUUCAAGCAGUCCUCAAACAAGUUCGAGAUAAUUGGCCUUCCUCAAAGCACUCCAAUGAAGUUGCAUCGUUCUACAGAAGACGUGAAGCGCUGUGUGAAGCGGAUGGAUACCUGAUGUUCAUGGAUCGAAUCGUCAUUCCGAAGUCAUUGCAAUCACCUGUUCUCAAGCAGUUACAUGUUGGUCAUCCUGGAAUGCAAAGAAUGAAAUCUCUGGCAAGAAGUUUUGUGUUUUGGCCAAAUAUGGAUGCAGAUAUUGAAGACUAUGUCCGGAGAUGUUCGAACUGUGCAGCAGCAUCAAAAGCUCCCGUGAAAACAACUCUUUCAUCGUGGCCAAUUCCGGCCAUGCCCUGGUCUCGUCUUCAUGUGGAUUAUGCUGGACCAAUCAAAGGAAAAAUGUUCCUCGUCAUCGUGGACGCGUAUUCAAAAUGGCCAGAAAUUUUUGCAACCAGUAACUCGACCGCAACAAUGACGAUCAAGAAGCUGAAGGAAUGUGUCUCCCGAUUUGGAUGUCCAUUGACCAUAACGGAUAACGGUACCCAGUUUUGCUCUGAAGCAUUCAGCAAGUUUUGCCAGCAGCACGGAAUCGAUCACGUGAAAACUCCACCCUUCCACCCACAAUCUAAUGGUCAAGCCGAGCGAUUUGUGGAUACACUAAAGAGAGCGCUUUUGAAGAUAGGCGGAGAAGACGUUGAAGAUGCACUGCAGAUUUUCCUUCAGACCUAUCGCUGUACCCCUAAUCCAUCCUUACCGGAUAACCGAUCACCAGCUGAGGUCCUGUUGGGCAGAAAAACCCGAACUGUUUUUGAUCUGAUGAAGCCGCCGAUUUCACAACCAACGCAAAUUAAUGAAAGGCAGAAUGUUCAGUUCAACAAACAGUAUGGAGCGAAACAUCGAUCGUUUGAAGCUGGGGAUACAGUUUAUGCUGAAAUUCAUAUUCGGAACGAGCGCUAUUGGGCCAAAGGUAUCGUUAUUGAGCAGAAAGGAAGUGUGGUCUACAAUGUUUUUCUACAAGACGAAAAACGACAAGGUUUGAUAAGAUCACACACUAACCAAUUACGGAAACGCAAACCGGACGGAAAAUGUGAAGCUUCAGCUGAGCAGCCUCUACCGUUACAAGUUCUGUUGGAGGAAUUUAGCUGUCCGGAUCAUGUUCCAACUGAAGAUAUUGAAAAUCCUGGGAACUCUCAACUGGAUAUUCCCGUAAACGAGCCCGGAAGUUCAAGAGGUAAUACGUGUCCUGAACAGAUGAAAUCAAAUUCUAUCGACGGAUCAUCGGAGGUUUGUCGUAGUCAGGAUCGGGUUCAAUCAAGAAAACGAACUCUACCUUUUCGGGAACCUUCAGGCAGGAAGCGGAGACUUCCUUCACAUUUUGAGUACUACGAGAUUUUCUAAAGGAGGAGAUGUUGGAGCAGUACAAGCAAGCCAUGAUUUGUAGCCUUAAGUUGACACUUACAAAUAAACUCUAUUCUAAUUUGAACCACCAAA